UCUGGACUGUGGAUGGAGCUGGACAUUCAAUUUGCUUUCGACGUCUCUUGAGUAGGGAGUCGCUCAACACAAUUGCAUUCACAAUUACAUUCACAAUUACAUUCACAAUGCAGUCUUUUCGAGCUUCAACGCGAGCGGCCUCCCAAUUCCGAGCCACAAGCUUUCCAAAGCUUUUCCGGACAUAUGCAGAGGGGAAGAUCUACGACUAUUUGCUCGUCUCGACUCCGAAGCCGGGUGUUGGUUUGGUCCAACUGAACCGCCCCAAGGCCCUCAAUGCCCUCUCCACCCCGCUCAUCCUUGAACUCAACACCGCCCUCCGCGCCUUCCAGGCCGACCAAUCCAUCGGCGCCAUCGUCCUCACAGGUUCCAACAAAGCUUUCGCUGCAGGAGCCGAUAUCAAGGAAAUGAAGGACCUCACCUUCUCUGACGCUUAUGGCAAAGAUUUCAUAGAAACUUGGUCUGACUUAGUCACUUUCCUCAAGAAACCCCUCAUUACAGCUGUCAACGGAUAUGCGUUAGGUGGUGGGUGUGAGCUUGCUAUGAUGGGAGAUAUCAUGUACUGCGGCCCCAAUGCCGUGUUUGGACAGCCUGAGAUCAGGUUGGGGGUGAUUCCCGGUGCCGGCGGGAGUCAGAGGCUAACCAAGGCCAUCGGCAAGUCUCGCGCUAUGGAAGCUAUCCUCACCGGGGACAAUAUCUCGGCGAAACAAGCUGACGAAUGGGGGCUUGUUGCUAAGGUGUUUGAGACUCCUGAAGAGUGUACGGACGGUGCUAUAGCCACCGCUGCGAAGAUUGCGGGAUUCAGUCACAUUGCAGUCAAGGCGGCAAAGGAAGUUGUGAACAAGAGCCAGGAUCUAGGUAUUAGGGAAGGUGUUGAGUUCGAGAGGAGGGUGUUCCAUGGACUAUUUGGGUCUAAGGAUCAGAAGAUUGGCAUGGGAGCUUUCGCCGCCAAGCAGAAGCCGGAGUGGAGUAACGAGUAGGUUGUUGAGCCACAUUGAGGGCAAAAAAGAAAGGCGAAGCUUUACGCUUUUUACAAAAAAUAUACUUUUGAAUAAGUGCAGAUAUAUAGGCCACUGGCUUUAAGGCACGUGGAU